AUGGGACAGACUAUCUCAACCCCUUUGGACUUGACUUUAGCUCACUGGACUGACGUUAAGAGCCGAGCUCAUAGUUUAUCUGUUGAAAUAAAGAAAGGAAAAUGGCAAACUCUAUGUGAGGGAGAAUGGACUAUGUUUAAUGUUGGAUGGCCCCGAGGAGGGACCUUCAACCCAGAUCUUAUCCAGGCUGUUAAACGGAUCAUCUUGCAGGAGCCCGGAGGCCACCCCGACCAGAUGCCUUACAUUUUUACUUGGCAGGAUCUUGUCCAAGACCCGCCUUCCUGGUUGAAGCCCUGGAUUCCUCCCCAACCCACUAACAGUAGCCCCUCGGGGGAUUCAAAAGUUCUCGUUGCAGGACCCCCCCGGAAGGAAAAGAAGAUUUACCCGGACAUUCAGACGGAGCUCCUUCUGGAUUCACCACCUCCUUACCCGCCAACCCACACCCCCACAGCUCCUCUUCCUGCCCCCUCACAGGAAGGGAUACAGGGGGGCCCAGCCACGGGGACCCGGAGUAGACGAGCUCUGUCUCCUGAUACUACCGUUGCCCUACCACUUAGGGCCAUAGGACCCCCACCCCCUUUAGGACCAGGAGAUGACCCAACUCAGAGACCUCUACCACCCCUACAAUAUUGGCCUUUCUCCUCUGCAGACCUUUAUAAUUGGAAGGCCAACCACCCUCCCUUCUCGGAGGACCCCUCAAAAUUAACUGCACUCAUGGAAUCCCUAGUUUUCUCCCACCAGCCCACAUGGGACGAUUGCCAGCAGCUACUCCAGACCCUCUUCACGACUGAGGAGAGAGAACGUAUCCUGCUGGAGGCCAGAAAGAAUGUCCCUGGUGACGACGGGCGCCCAACCCAACUCCAGAACGUUAUAGAUGACGGGUUCCCCCUGAUCAGACCCAACUGGGACUUCAACAACCCUGACGGUAGGGAGCAUCUCCGAAUCUAUCGCCAGGCUCUGGUGGCUGGUCUCUGCGGGGCUGCAAGACGCCCUACCAAUUUGGCCAAGGUAAGGGAAGUCAUUCAGGGACCUAAUGAGGUCCCCUCUUUGUUCCUUGAGCGCCUCAUGGAGGCCUAUCGUAGAUAUACGCCCUUUGACCCUAUGGCGGAGGAACAAAGGGUUUCAGUACUGAUGUAUUUUGUAGAUCAGUCGGCGCCAGAUAUUAGAAAAAAAUUACAAAGACUCGAUGGGUUAAGCCGUUAUACUCUGUCAGAUUUAGUCAGGGAAGCAGAAAAGGUUUAUAAUAAAAGAGAAACUGAAGAAGAAAAAGAGGAGAGAAGGGCAAAAGCGCAGGAAGAAAGGGACUAUAAACGUGAUAAGAGACAUGAGAAAAACAUGACUCGAAUUCUGGCCGCCGUAAUCCAGGAUAGAAAAGACACAGGAAGACCUAGGGAUACUAGGCAGAAGCAAAACCUGGGCAACAGGCGCCAAUUAGAAAAGGACCAAUGUGCCUAUUGCAAAGAAAAGGGACACUGGAUUAAAGACUGCCCCAAAAAGAAACCAAAAGUGGUUCUGACCCUAGAAGAUGAUGAAUGAGGGGGACGGGGCUCGGAUCCCCUCCCCGAGCCUAGGGUAACUUUGAAGGUGGAGGGGAAACCCAUCCGGUUCCUAGUGGACACUGGUGCCCAACAUUCGGUCCUACUGAAACCAGAAGGACCCCUUUCUAACAAGAAAUCGUGGGUGCUCGGGGCUACUGGAAAUCAACAAUUUUCAUGGACUACCCGAAGAACGGUGGACCUAGGCGUGGGCCGGGUAUCCCACUCGUUCCUCGUGAUUCCAGGCUGCCCCGCUCCCUUAUUAGGGCGAGACUUGUUAACAAAAAUAGGAGCCCAAAUUACCUUCACAAAGAAGGGCCCCCAAGUAACUGACCAACAUGGGGAAAUUAUCCAUGUUUUAACUAUGAAACUAGAAGAUGAACAUAGGUUGUUUGAAAGGCCUCAGACCAAUGCAGACAUUAGCAAAUGGCUCACCAAAGUCCUGGGAGCAUGGGCCGAGACUGCCGGGAUGGGAUUGGCCACCCAUCAACCGCCAAUAAUUGUUAAUCUAAAGGCUUCCGCAACACCUGUCUCGGUACGUCAAUACCCCAUGAGUCAGGAGGCCAGAGAAGGAAUAAAACCUCACAUAAUGAGGCUCUUAGAAUUAGGAGUCCUAAAAAUGUACCAAUCUCCCUGGAAUACCCCUUUGCUACCAGUGCGCAAGCCAAAUACCAAUGACUAUCGCCCAGUUCAGGACUUAAGGGAGGUUAAUAAGAGGGUUGAAGACCUACACCCAACUGUGCCUAACCCCUAUAACCUCCUGAGUUCACUACCUCCGGACCGAGACUGGUACACAGUUCGGGACCUAAAAGAUGCUUUUUUCUGUCUGCCACUGCAUGAAAAAAGUCAACCUAUCUUUGCCUUUGAAUGGAAGGACCCAGACUCCGGAAUCUCCGGACAGCUGACUUGGACUAGGUUGCCUCAAGGAUUCAAAAAUUCACCCACCAUCUUUGACGAGGCACUUCACCAGGACCUGGCCUCCUUCUGAACCUCAAACCCCCAGGUAACUCUCGUCCAAUACGUUGAUGACUUACUCCUUGCGGCUGGAACCCAAACUGAAUGUGAACAGGGAACAAAGGCACUAUUAGAGGAACUGGCCCGCCUGGGUUACCGCGCCUCGGCGAAGAAAGCCCAACUCUGCAAAAGGCAAGUAACCUACUUGGGGUAUUCCCUGAAAGGAGGGCGGAGAUGGCUAACGGAAGCACGUAAACAGGCUGUGGAACAGAUCCCAGUGCCUGCAAAUGCCAAACAAGUACGGGAAUUCCUGGGAUCUGCAGGAUUUUGUAGACUGUGGAUACCGGGGUUCGCCGCCCUGGCGGCCCCCCUUUACCCCUUGACCAAGACGUCUGCAGCUUUCCAAUGGGGAGAGGAACAACAACAGGCUUUUGACGACAUCAAGCGUGCCCUCUUAAAGGCACCCGCUCUCUCCCUUCCUGACACCUCCAAGCCAUUCUACUUGUAUAUACAUGAGCAGAAAGGCAUUGCAAAAGGGGUACUGACCCAGAAACUAGGGCCCUGGCGAAAGCCAGUGGCCUAUUUAUCAAAAAGGUUGGAUCCUGUGGCCGCUGGGUGGCCCCCUUGCUUUAAGAUUAUUGCCGCUGUGGCUUUACUUUUGAAGGAUGCUGAUAAAUUAACUCUGGGGCAGACUGUCACAGUCAUUGCGUCCCAUGCACUGGAGAGUGUCAUCCGCCAGCCUCCAGACCGAUGGCUCUCAAACGCCCGAGUCACCCACUACCAGAGUCUCCUCCUUAACUCGGAUAGAGUCAAGUUUGCACCCCCCACUCAACUGAAUCCGGCUACCCUCUGGCCAGACCCCGACUCCACAGUAAUCCACAGCUGUGGGGACAUCUUGGCUGAGGCUACUGGAACGAGACCUGAUCUGACGGACCAGCCACUACCGGAUGCCAAGGUAACCUGGUUCACUGAUGGCAGUAGUUACCUCCUUGAAGGUAAGCGGAUGGCGGGGGCGGCAAUUGUUGACGGAGACAGGGUGAUUUGGGCCAUCAGACUGCCUGAAGGGACUUCAGCCCAGAAGGCUGAACUAAUUGCAUUAACCCAGGCCCUAAAUAUGGCAGAAGGGAAAAAAGCUACCAUAUAUACGGACAGCCGGUAUGCUUUUGCAACUGCACAUGUACAUGGUGCCAUAUACCAACAGAGAGGAUUAUUAACCUCUGCCGGAAAAGAAAUUAAAAACAAACAAGAAAUUUUGGAUUUACUCGAUGCCCUGCAUCGGCCGGCAAAGCUGGCCAUAGUCCAUUGUCUGGGGCACCAGAAAGGAAACUCUCUAGUGGCAAGAGGAAACAGGAUGGCUGAUGUAGAGGCCAAAAAGGCUGCUCAAGGAGCGUAUCUGCUUCCCUUAAAAUUUAAUAAGGACACCCAAAGAUGGGAGACAGAAGAAGGAAAACAUAUCCUACCUAGACAACAAGCAGAAUCCACUCUGCAACAGCUACAUAGGCUAACUCAUUUUGGAGCUAGAAAAUUAAUAGAAACCUUCAAAAAGACUGACUACCACAUAAUAGGACUCAAAGAAAUGGCUGAGAAACUGGUAAAACAAUGCAUCCCAUGUCAAAAAGUAAAUGCCCAGACCUCCCAGACGGACCCUGGAAAGAGACUUCGCGGAGAUCGACCAGGCUUAUAUUGGGAGACUGAUUUCACUGAGCUGAAACCUGCUUGCUACGGGAAUAAAUAUCUUCUAGUUUUUAUAGACACAUUCUCUGGAUGGGUGGAAGCCUAUCCCACUAAGAAAGAGACUGCCACAAUGGUAACCAAAAAACUUUUAGAAGAAAUCAUCCCCAGAUAUGGGGUACCUCAGGUAAUAGGCUCAGACAACGGUCCUGCCUUUGUUGCCCAGGUAAGUCAGGAGGUGGCCAGAACUUUGGGGAUCAAUUGGAAAUUACAUUGUGCUUAUAGACCCCAGAGCUCAGGACAGGUAGAAAGAAUGAAUAGAACAUUAAAAGAGACCAUAACUAAAUUGUCCUUAGAGACUGGCUGUACAGAUUGGGUGAUGCUCCUUCCGUGGGCCCUCUUCCGAGUUCGCAACACCCCUUACAAGUUUAACCUAACUCCUUUUGAGAUUUUAUUUGGUGUCCCAACCCCACUUAAUAAGUUGUUAAUGCAGACCCCAGAUAUAAUUUCUUCCUCUGAUCUGAACCACAGGCUCCAGGCGCUAUAUAUCCUCCAAAAGGACUUAUGGCCAAAACUGAAGGAGAGCUAUCUGCCUGCUAAGGACCCAGCCCCGCAUUCAUACCAGCCGGGGGACUCAGUCUACGUGAGGCGACACCGACCCUCAAACCUCGAACCUCGUUGGAAAGGGCCCUUCACGGUACCCCUGACGACACCCACCGCCGUGAAGGUAGACGGGAUAGCUGUCUGGAUCCAUGCAUCCCACGUGAAACCAGCUCCAUCACCUGACCCCCUCUGGCAGCUGACAAAGACUGAUAACCCCCUUAAACUGCGUCUUCGCCGUGUCUCUGUCAGCCGCGAUGAAGUUUCUUAAGGUUUGGACAUUGUUAAUUAUAUUGUUGCCUUGUUCUCUAUCCUCUUCACCCUAUCAACUUUACAAUUAUACCUGGCAAAUCAUUAACCAAGCAGGAGAUGUAGCUAACUCCACAUCUCAACUAUCAAAGUCUACUCCCUGGCCCCCUCUCGAGGUAGACCUGUGUGCCCUUGCACUAGGAGCCGACCCACAGUGGGGCACCCCCGACCAUUUUUGGCCACAAAACAAGCCUAUAAAUACUGGAAAUCGAUACCUUCCCCAGUAUGGGUGUGGCAACACAAUUGACAGAACCCUUCUCAAUACGGCCCCAAUUUAUGUCUGCCCCGGACCCUCCCAUAGACCAAGAACAUCAAAUUACUGCGGUUAUUAUAACGAUUAUUUCUGUGCCUCCUGGGGAUGUGAAACUACUGGAGAUGGGCCCUGGCGCCCCUACUCUUCAUGGGAUUAUAUUACAAUAAAAAGAAAAAGCCCCAUAGAAGAAAAAGACUUAGCCCACCACGUCGUAGGGGGACAACUUAUAGUACUUCCCCAGGAGAGAUGUAAUAACUGGUGUAACCCCAUCCUGAUAUCUUUUACAGAAAAAGGAAAAAGGGUAAAAUGGGAAAAUAAUAGAGGACUUGAGUGGGGCCUUCGCUUGUACGUGUCAGGGAAGGACAUCGGCCUAACUUUUAAGAUUAAGCUAACCAAGACUCUCCCAGAUUCCCAAAAAGCCAGUAUAGGCCCCAACCCUGUACUCCAUAACCCACAAUCCCCAGCUCAACCUGAACCACCCCAGCAAUCACUCCCCUCUACUUCCCCAACUGCAGCUGCCUCCACCUUUUUCAGACCCACAGUUCCCCCAAGGUCCCCUUCCUCUGCCGAUCUCAUCCUAACUCUGAUCAAUUCCUCUAUUCAGGUCUUUAAUUCUAUUAACCACGCUCUGGGGGAAUGUUGGAUUUGUUACUCUUCCAGCCCCCCCUUCUAUGAAGGACUAGCCGCCUCAGGAAAAGUAACGUUUACCAAUGAGACCUCUGGCCUACGGUGGAGGCCCCCACCUGGCACUCAAGGACUCACUAUGAGUUUUGUCUCUGGAGCAGGACUCUGUCUGGUAGGCCCUCAUAUGUUGCCCCCUACCUCCCUCCAAGAGAUCUGUAAUCAGACUCUCACCAUAGAUUC